UAAAACAUGGCGGUGAAUGUUAGCGUGAGGGAGACGACGAUAGUGAAGCCGGCGGAGGAGACGCCGAAGCAGGUUCUUUGGAUGUCCAACUUGGACUUGGUGAUUUUGAGCAAGCACACCCCCAGUGUCUACUUCUACAGGCGAAGCCAAACCGGCGGCCAUCCCACCAGCCCCUUCUUCGACCCGGAACUGCUGAAGGGAGCCCUCUCCAAGGCCCUCGUACCGUUCUACCCCCUGGCGGGGCGCCUCCAGCAGAACGAAACAGGCCGUUCCGAAAUCAACUGCAAUGGGGAGGGCGUGCUGUUUGUUGUGGCGGAGACCGCCUCCGUCCUUGAGAAUUUCGGCGAUUUUGCGCCGACUCCCGAGUUCCGGAAGCUCAUCCCCGUCGUCGAUUAUUCUGCUGGGAUUUCCACUUAUCCCCUCUUUGUGGUACAGGUCACAUACUUCAAAUGUGGUGGAGUGUCGCUUGGGGUCGGCCUGGAACAUCGAGUGGCAGAUGGGUGUUCAGGUCUCCACUUUGUAAAUGCAUGGUCUGAUAUCGCCCGCGGACUUGACCUUAAAAUCCCACCAUUCAUCGACAGGACAUUACUUCGUGCCCGAGACCCACCUCAGCCAACAUUUGACCCCGUUGAAUACCAGCCUGAUCCGCCCUUAAAAAUUCCUCCGCUCUGCACAAAAGAUGGUGGUGCCGAGAGUACGACAGUCUCCAUUUUUAGAUUGACGCGGGAGCAGCUUAGCAUCUUGAAAGCGAAGUCUAAGGAAGAAGGGAACACAAUCAACUAUAGCACAUAUGAGAUGUUGGCAAGCCAUGUUUGGAUAUGUGCAUCCAAGGCACGUAAUCUUCCCGAUGAUCAAGUGACCAAACUGCAUAUUGCGGUUGAUGGACGGUCCAGACUGCAACCCCCACUCCCACUUGGUUUCUUUGGCAAUGUGGUUUUCGCAGGCGCACCAUUAGCUACAGUGAGGGAUCUCAAAUCAAAACCAACAUGGUAUGUUGCCAGCCGUAUACAUGAUGUUGUGGUGCGCAUGAACAACGAUUACCUUAGGUCAGCUCUUGACUAUCUUGACGUUCAGCCUGAUCUGUCGGCCCUUGUUCGCGGUGCUCAUACUUUUCGAUGCCCAAAACUUGGGAUAACUAGUUGGGUGAGGCUGCCGAUAUACGAAGCAGAUUUUGGCUAGGGUGGACCUAUGUUCAUGGGACCUGGUGGAAUUGGAUACGAGGGUUUGGCGUUUGUGUUACCAAGUCCAACAAGUGAUGGGAGUUUAUCAGUGGCCAUUUCCCUGCAGUCUGACCAUAUGGAAUCAUUUGCCAAGUUGUUGUAUGACAUAUGAUGAAAUCAAAUGCGCAAAGAGUUUGUUCAUCAGCCUAAAAAUAAAAUGUGUGUCUUUGUUGGUAACUAAUGUACUCUUGUGGCAAACUUCUUGUUUGAGUUGUCUUCUUUUUCUCAUGAAAUAAAAG